CGACGUCAUAAAUGCUUGACCAAAAUGGAAGUUUCUAUCGUAUCUGCUAAAACUUCGAAUAAGAAGACUUUCAUCGGUAAAAAAGGUAUAAGGAGAACUGCUCAUCAGAUUCCAGAGGAAAUUAUCAAUGAUGUGCAAUUAAAUGAUGCUAUAAAACAGCUGCCAAGCAAUUACAAUUUUGAAAUUCACAAAACUGUGUGGAAAGUCAGAUACAACAAAGCUAAGAAAGUGGCAUUACAAUUUCCUGAAGGACUCUUACUGUUUGCUUGCCCGAUAGCUGACAUCAUUGAAAGAUUCACUGAUGCAGAAACUGUCAUUAUGGGAGAUGUUACGUAUGGCGCUUGUUGCGUUGAUGAUUUCACUGCCAGAGCUCUGGGUUGCGAUAUCAUGGUGCAUUAUGGUCAUAGCUGUUUAGUGCCCAUUGACAGGACAGAAGGUAUCCAAAUGCUCUACGUGUUUGUUGAUAUAAAAAUCGACACCUCACACUUUUUGAAAACUGUUCAGUAUAACUUCGAACCUGGAACUUCGUUAGCUCUAGUCAGUACCAUCCAGUUUGUGGCAGCUCUGCAAUCAGCUAAAGAGCAUUUCUCAGGUGAUUAUACAGUUACAAUACCUCAAUGUAAGCCUCUUUCUCCAGGAGAGAUUCUUGGAUGUACAUCGCCACGACUACCAGAUCAUGUCACAGCAUUAAUAUAUCUAGGGGAUGGUAGAUUCCAUUUAGAGUCUGUUAUGAUCAUGAAUCCAACAGUCAAGGCAUACAGGUAUGAUCCCUAUUCAAAGAUUUUCUCAGAAGAAUUCUAUGAGCAUGAUAAGAUGAAGGAGAAUCGGCAAAAGGCAAUACAGGAAGCAACAGUGGCAACAAAGUUUGGCCUUGUGCUGGGAACUUUGGGAAGACAAGGCUCACCUAAAGUACUUUCGAACCUUGAACAGCAAUUAAAGGCAAAUGGGAAGGAUUAUAUUAUCGUUUUACUGUCAGAGAUUUUUCCUGAUAAACUGGCUCGAUUUGAUGAUGUUGAUGCUUGGGUGCAAGUGGCCUGUCCGAGGCUUUCUAUAGAUUGGGGAACAGCAUUUAAUAAACCAUUACUUUCACCAUACGAGGCAAGUGUUGCACUAAAUUCUUCAAAAUGGGCAGACACAUAUCCAAUGGACUACUAUUCAAAUAACAGCCUAGGGCCUUGGACAAAUAACCAUGAACUAAACAGACAGCGGCCAAAAUCUCAAUCUAAGGCUCAAAUGACACCAAAAAUGACUGUCUCUGAAAUAACCAGUGUAGCUAAGCAUAUAAAGGAUGAUGCUUCUGAAUCUGUUGCUGAAUCCAAGUCAUUUGAUAUGGAAGAACAAUUGAAGGUGUCUCCAUCUAUAUGUGGCGCUGGGAAAUGUGAUAAUUGUUGACAUCAAUGAGAUAAUGUAGAAAUAAAACUGAUUUUAUUUUAAUAUGAAUCUUCAAAUUAAGUGUAUGUUAUGUUAGAAUGUCAAGAGCAUAGUGCUUAGGUUCUGAGUUGGGAAACACAUACCAAGUUUUCUUACUGAUGAGAUAUAAAAUACCACAAAAGUAGCUGUUAUGGCCUUUAAUGAGAGGUCCAUUAAGAAAGGAUGAAAGAACAACAUUAAGUGAAUGCUAUUUUGAUUUAAUAUUUCAUUUAAACAUUCAGAAGUUACAUAUUCAGUCAAUAAAAUCAAGUACUGUAGAUACACUUAAUU